GUUCCGGCUCAAUUCACAAGGAACAAAAAGGCAGGAGACCUGCUGUUGUACAGGGGUUUGGGGUAGGAUUGGGGUGAAAGACGCUCUCUUCUUCCCCACGUUUCUUGGAGGAAUGGGGGAGCCGAAUGCAGAGGUCAAGGUGGUGAACGAAGAAACCGAGGCCAAGCCACAACAGGCACAUAAAAAUGGAAAGAAGGCAGAGGUUGGAGGAGGAACCUCGUUUUUUACCUGGUUCAUGGUUUUGGCUCUCUUGGGUGUCUGGACGUCUGUAGCUGUGGUGUAUUUUGAUCUUGUUGACUAUCAAGGUGUAAUCGCCAAAGCAAAGGACUUGCGCUAUAAUCUUUCAGAGGUAUUACAAGGUAAACUCGUGUCCUAUGAUGCUGACGGUGAUGGAGACUUUGAUGUGGAAGAUGCUAAAGUACUACUAGGGCUGAAAGAUAAAACCACCAUUGAGACCAGUGAAUCAGUUGAGGGAACCCCUGCUGAACCCCUGGAAGAAGCUCCUGAAUCUAUCGUGGAGGAAGAAAUUCAAGCCACCAUAGUUGAAGAAGCAGCUCAGCCACCACUUGAACCAGAGACUGUGGAAGAGGAGCCUGUUCCCAUGGAAGAAGAACCUCUGGAAGUAGAAGAAGAGCCUGCUGUUGUAGAAGACGAAGUAGCUGAGGAGGAACUAGAGGUUGAAGAGGAGCAGGAAGUUCCUGAGGAAGAACCAGAAGUUGUGGAGGAAGAGCCAGAGGUUACAGAGACUGUUCCAGUUGAGGAAGAGGCUGCAAAAGAGGAAGAGGUCUUUCCAGUUGAAGAACUGGUUGAGGAAGAAGUGGAGGAAACAGAGGAGGGUGCACUAGUGGAAGAAGCGGUUGAGGAAGUGUUGGAGGAAGAUGCUGCAUCAAUAGAGGAAGUAGUAGAAGAUGCACCACUGGAAGAGGCAGUAGAAGUAGUUGAAGAGGUUGCACCGGUGGAAGAAGCAGUGGAGGUUGUGUUGGAGGAAGAGACAGUAGAGGAAGCUGCACCAGAAGCUGUGGAGGAGGUUGUGCCAGUAGAAGAAGCGGUUGAGGAGCUUGAACCGGUAGAAGAAGCAGUUCAGGAGGUUAUACCAGUAGAAGAAGCUGUGGAAGAGGUUCUAUUGGUAGAAGAAGCUGUUGAGGAGCUUGAACAAGUAGAAGAAACUGUGGAGGAGGUUGUACCGGUAGAAGAAGCUGUGGAGGAGGUUGUACCGGUAGAAGAAGCUGUGGAGGAGGUUGUACCGGUAGAAGAAGCUGUGGAGGAGGUUGUACCGGUAGAAGAAGCUGUGGAGGAGGUUGUACCGGUAGAAGAAGCUGUGGAGGAGGUUGUACCGGUAGAAGAAGCUGUGGAGGAGGUUGUACCGGUAGAAGAAGCUGUGGAAGAGGUUGUACCGGUAGAAGAAGCUGUGGAAGAGGUUGUACCGGUAGAAGAAACGGUUGAGGAGCUUGAACCGGCAGAAGAAACGGUUGAGGAGCUUGAACCGGCAGAAGAAACAGUUGAGGAGCUUGAACCGGCAGAAGAAACAGUUGAGGAGCUUGUACCGGUAGAAGAAGCUGUAGAGGAAACUGAAACAACGGAACCAGUGGAAGAACCAGAAACACCCAAAGAGGCAGGUGAGGAAUCAGAAUCAGUCUCUAUAGAAGAAACUGUAACAGAAGGGGAAGUUAUAGAGGAAACCGAGGAGCCAGUUCAAGAAGAAGAGGAAGUACAAGACUCCACGUUGGAGGAAGCCGAGCUUGAAGAAGAAAAUAUAGAAGAAGAAGAAGAAGAAGAAGAAGAAGAGGAGGAUGUAGCUGCUGAGGAAGAGCAGCCUGAGGAGGAUGCAGCAGAGGAAAUAAACCAAACAGAAGAACAAAUUGAAUUAGAGCCCACAGAAACAUAAAACAUUAGGCAGUAUGUAAGAUGCGGAGAGGACCAGCAACACAUGGCAUUCCACUGGAAGUGUGCAGCUGCCAAUUCCCACCAUGGAGUUAAACAAAAACAAAACAAGAACGCUAAUAUUUCCCUUACACAUUUAUUUGAAUGUUUUGUCAUCUUUUGUUUGGUGGUUUGACCCUUUCAAAUCCCUUUUUUUGUAAUUACAGACAAAGCUUUCUCCCUGUUCUCUAACAUAGAUGUGAAGUAGCCUUUUUUGAAUGAUCAUGGAUAAUAGUUUGGUUGUAGUUCCUGUCCUGUGUGUACAAACACCUUCAUGUUGCUUUGUAGCUCAGAUCUUCACAUUCUCUUCGGCGCUGAAUUAAUCAGUGUCUCUCGUCAUCAAAUCUGAUGUUUUGCUUUAAUGUGAAGGUACUAUGCAAAGCUGCACUGAUCUUUCGCUAUUUUUACCCUUAGGUUUUGUACUACCAAUAUGUAUUGAGUCUACAUUUCCAAUGUUGCAUAUCAAGGACAAGUUUAUGCUGGCAGGUUAACCAAGAUAAUUGCUAUGUGAACUCUGUAUGGAGUGAAUGUGUGUGUGCUUGUGUGUGUGUGUGUGUGUCUAUUUGAAAAUGUAUGUGAAACAAUCAUUUUUGAGCCAUUUUUCUCACUAGUAUGUUUUCACAGUGUUUUCUUAUGUGCUUUCCAGCAUACGUUCAACAUUUUAGUACCUCUGUUGAUAUUUUUUUCAAUACUGUAGGUGAUAUGCUAAGAGCUCAGAGAAUUGUUUUUGCAUUUCUUCACAUUUUUAAACUCCGAUGCAUAGCAUUGCCCCCCCCCCACGCCAUUACUUAUUUACACUUUUGCCUUUUUCAGCAAGUCCUGUUUAAUAGGCUCAUGAUUUGACAAGCUGUUUCAGGUAGACACUCCAGCUGCUGUGCAGUAUGCAUUAGACAGACAGUGUUGUUUAAUGGGUGUCUUAUGUAAUAACUGGUGAAGGAUGCCCACAUAAAUAUGGAACAACCUACUUUACACAGUGUUUCAUUUUUAUAACAGGGUAAAGGACUUACCUAGUGUUUUCACAAGUCAGUAUAUGUAUUUUUUUGUCAUAUGUCAUGCACUGCCUAUGUACUAUAACUUCACAGUGCAUUUAUUCUGGCCCUUUCAACUGUUGCAGGCACAUCUGUAAGAAUGCAAUACAAUUUUGUUGUGCAGAAAAAAGAUGACUGGUUAUUUUCUAACUUUUAUUAUCAUAGUAAGUCAAAAGUUGUUUGUAUUUACUAUUAAUGUUGUCAUGGUUUUUAUUAUACCACAACGUAGCUUUCACCCUUGAUGCAGAGUAGUUGAUUAAGAAAUUGAAAGCCUGAUCUUUUGAAGGAAACCCAAUCCUGGCUCCUGAAUUGAUUCACUGUGGAUUAUUUUUUUCAUUGUAAUGUUGUUACACUGUGGUUUUAUGGGGCCUGCCAGAAUAGAUGAUGUUUUUGUGAUAGACUUUAGGAAAUGCUGCAGAUCUCUUCAAAACAAUGAUUUCAUAACACAUACAGUGGCUGAAAUAUAGUUUUUAGGGUUUGUUUUUUCUUUUUCUACAACACUAAAGGGUGUUUUGGACCCCUAACACUUUUGAAGUCAAUGUGAAUUUUUUAAAGUGGUAUUAAUUUUACAAAGUAAAUAACUUUUUGCUUUCUUUCUUUCUUUCUUUCUUUUUUUUAUUUUUUUUUUAUAGGAUUUUUAAGGAUUUCUUUUAUCUAGGAUUUGACGUUUUAAAGUCAAAUUGAAUUAAUUUUAUGAAAGUGUUAACUUCUCAAAGCCAUAUGUGAAAGGUUGGAUAUAGCAGCCUUAGUACAGGUUGUGCUUCAAAGGACAGACAUCUCACAACCAGCAAUAACUCCAUUUGUGAGGGGAGUGUUUCUUACUGAAAUCCAGAUAUAAACAGAGGUUUACUCAAGACUUUCUAUCCAGAGGUUUACAUGAAAUCCUGCUGUAUAGGCUAAUUCAUUUUAAGUUAUUGAGGCAAUGCAAUUUUAGGGAGUUUUGGGUGACUUUUCACAGAUAUGUAAACAACUGUAAAUGUUUUGUUUGAGUGCUGCAAUAAAGGUUGGGUACAACAGGA